AUGAAUCAAUAUAGUUUCCAAUAUAUCAGCGGCGGUUCUCAAUCGUCAUCACCUGUUGACUUGUUGGCACCACCAAUGUAUACAAAUAAUAACAACAAUAGGACGUCAAUGGAGGGAUCAUCAUCAUACUAUUAUAAUGGCAAUAAUAAUAAUGAAGGAGCAAAGAUUUCCCCAUCUUUGCUGCCACAGGGUUCAUCACACUCGGCCACAAAUCCAUUCACAUACUAUCCACAUCUUCAACAGCAAUUACAGCAUCAAAAUCAACAGCAACAACAACAAUUACAGUUACAGCAACAACAGAUGCAUCAACAGCAACAACAGCAACAAUUACAACAACAACAAAAGCCAAAAGGUACUGUUUAUUAUCCAUCAAUGUCGUUGUCAUCGAUUCACAGUGCCAGAUCAUCAUCAUUAAAGUCAUCAAGCAAUGGUUCACCUUCGUUCAAGUCGUCACCGGCAUCACCAUCACUCUCAUCAAUCAAUCAAUGUAACACAAGUUCCAACUCGACGACUCCCACUCAGUAUUCAUCGCCACCUCCAUUGCAGUUGCUUCCACUCCAACAACAGCAACAGCAACAGCAACAACUCCAGCAACAACAGAACUAUAUGAUCAACAACAGCAGUAGCAGCAAGCUUUCCAAUCUACUCAACUCAUCCGACUCGGGCAGCCCAUCAUCAUCGCCCAAUGAGGACAACCCUCCCAGCUCACCAUGCCAGUCCAUGUCGGCCGGCUCCGACACCCACGAGGACUACGAAGCCCUGCGCGACCUGUGGAAGAAGGCAAAGGAUAUCAGCCAAGAGUUGACCAAGAUCACCAAGCAAGCCACCAAGUCAGAGUACACGCUCGUCGAGUACGUCACCACCUUCCAGAAGGAGUUUGAGAACAUUGGCAGCCUGAUCAACAUGAUGACCGAGAAGGCCGACCAUCUCAAGAACGACGAGACACUCAAGAGGAAGAAGAAGGAGUCUGAUAAGAAUGCCGAGAAGAGAAAGAAGAGAAGAGAGGCCACUAUGUUGUUGAACAACGUUUGCAAGAACUGUGGCACUACUGACACACCGGAGUGGCGUAAGGGACCAGAUGGAACCAAGUCUCUAUGCAAUGCCUGUGGACUCCACUAUGCCAAGAACCUUAAGAGGGAGACCAUGAACCACUCCAACGUCCUGCAGCAGCCAAAGGAAUCGAUGAAGGUUGUCUCCAUCCUCAACUAA